UGAAAUAGAGUUUAAUUUAUAGAAAAAAAACACAUUUAUUUUAAUUAGCCAUUGCUUACCUAAGCAAUAAGAGAAGAAAAUCAGAAAGAAAAGCACAUGUUAAAAAGCAAACCAUUCCUGAUUUUCUUUUCUACAUGUAGAAUCCCACAGGAGCCAUUUUUGUUUAACUGAAAGAAAGGCUGUCAGAGUGUAUCUCCUGAGUAAAUAUUUGAGGUUAUGGAUUAACUUUAACUAGUGUCCUCUGCAUUCAAUGGUGGAAGAAUAGACUACUGUGAUUCAGCCAAGGAGUUGUUCUCAUAGUUGUGGAAUCGGUUGUGCAAUGGGUAGAAUCAUUUCUCUUCUGGCGUUUUCAGCUGCCUUCAUAUUGCUUAAUGGAUAUGAAGCCUCAGUGUUUUACAGCAGCCAAGAAGCCAAUCGUGUCCUGAAGAUUCAAAAGCGCGCAAAUUCUUUCUUGGAAGAAUUAAAGGCAGGUUCCUUGGAAAGAGAAUGUUUAGAAGAACAAUGUGAUUUUGAAGAAGCUAGUGAAAUAUUUGAAACCAUGGAAAAAACUUUAAAUUUCUGGGCAAAAUAUAUUGAUGGAGAUAUGUGUGUUUCCAGCCCAUGUUUGAAUGGACUCUGUAAGGAUGGCAUUGGGCGAUUUGACUGCAUAUGUAACAAAGGCUGGGAGGGACGAUUCUGCCAAAAUGAGGUCAUCUACACUAACUGCUCCAUUGCCAAUGGUGGCUGUGAACAUUUCUGCCAUGAGAGUGAAGGAAACAAUAAACAAUACCGUUACUGCAGCUGUGCUUUGGACUACCACCUGAUGGAUAAUCAUACUUCUUGUGAAGCUUCAGUGGAGUAUUCCUGUGGGAGAGUUGUGGAAUCCAAAUUAAAAGUUGCAAAAAUAAUUGGGGGUAGUCCUGGAAAAAGAGGAGACAGCCCUUGGCAAGUUAUGUUGGGCAAUAGUGCAGGAGAAUUUAAAUGUGGUGGUGUUCUCAUUCAUCCUGCUUGGGUAUUGACAGCUGCACAUUGUGUGUUUCGAGAAUCGAGAAUCAAACUGAUCCUUGGAAAAUAUCACCGACGGCGGAUAGAUGAAAGUGAGAUAACUAUCAUUGCUGACAAGAUAUUCUCUCAUGAAAAUUACUCUUCAGACACUUAUGAUAAUGAUAUUGCAAUACUACAUCUAUCCCACCCAGUUAUUGUCAAUAAGUAUAUUAUACCCAUUUGCCUGCCUACCCAUAACCUGGCAAAUCAACAGUUGAUGACAGAAGGGAUUCAAACAAUAGUAACAGGCUGGGGAAGCCAGAGUGCAAAUAGUAAGAAGAAUUUCUCCUCUGUUCUCAAUUUUAUUGAAAUCCCUAUAGCAUCACGGAAUGACUGUAUCCAUUCUAUGUGGAAUUCUUUAACAGCUAACAUGUUCUGUGCAGGGAUACCAGGAGAUAUACGAGAUUCUUGUCAUGGAGACAGUGGUGGUCCUAUGGUUGUAAAAUUCAAGAACACCUGGUUCCUACUUGGAUUAGUAAGUUGGGGAGAAGGCUGUGGGGAUCCUAAUAAUUUUGGAAUCUACACUAAGAUCAGCUCAUAUCUUGACUGGAUCAGUCAGAAAAUGAAAUCACUUUCUUUCCUAGCUUUUGUAGCUGUUCUACACUUUUCCCUUCCUAAUCAGGUAACUGUCUCCAAAUCAGUAUAUUCUACUAUUCAUUUUGGAUAUAAAAUGGCUAGAAUUUUCUUGGGGCCAACCUUGAUUUUCCUAAUCUGCUGCUUCAUCAUCUUUUCACAUUCGUUAUCAGUAUUUGUGAAAAAAGAGAAGGCAAAUCAGGUUCUGAGGAUUCAGAAACGUGCUAACACUUUCUUGGAGGAGAUUCUCCCAGGAAAUUUGGAGAGAGAAUGCAGAGAGGAACAGUGUUCAUUUGAGGAGGCAAAAGAGAUUUUCAAAUCAAAGGAGAAAACGAUGGAGUUUUGGUUCGAUUACAAAAAUUCCAACCCCUGUAAAGAAAAUACAUGUCAAAAUGGUGGAAUAUGUAAAGUCAGCCACUACACAUAUUCCUGUACGUGUCCCCCAAGGUAUGGAGGAAAUCAGUGUGAAAUAGAGAAAUUUGAAUGCUGGUACAAAAAUGGAUAUUGUGAGCAAUACUGCCAAGAUACCGAACAUUCACGUCAUGUGACCUGCUCCUGUGCAGCAGGAUAUACACUAAAAGAAGACGGGAAGAGUUGUACCCCCUCAGAUCUCUUCCCUUGUGGGUUGAUUAAGCGAUCCACACGUUCUUAUGAGGGAGGACGAAUCACGCAAAGGGAAACAAAUGCUCAUGAAAACAUGACCAAUUGGAAUCAGACAAGUUGGACUUCCUCGGGAUGGUUGAAUCUCACAAGAGAAAUUGAAGAUGACAUGGAAAAGCUAGAAGGAAAUUUCACAGAAGAGGAUUUACUCAGAUGGUCAAACACCAACUACACAGAUGAAGAUCCCAGAAUAAUUGGGGGAUCUUUUUGCCGCCCAGGAGCAUGUCCUUGGCAGGUACUGAUUCAAAAUAAUAGAGGUUACGGUUUUUGUGGGGGCAGCUUGAUCAGUAGUCAGUGGGUACUUACUGCAGCGCACUGUUUUGAUACCAUUAACCCACAUCAAGUUACAGUGGGAGACUUUGACAAACAUCAGCGAGAACGAGAUGAACAAAAAGUGAGAGUACGGCACUACUGGACACAUCCUCAAUAUAACUCACAGAACUACAACAAUGACAUUGCUUUGGUCCAGUUGACUAGUGAUGUGAUUUUUACCCAGAAUGUACUUCCCAUCUGCCUUCCUCGUCCUAACCUAGCUACUUUGCUGAUUGAAGAAGUAGCUCAUGGAACAGUUAGCGGAUGGGGUGCAACUCAUGUUAAGGGUAGGUUAAUUCGCUUUCUCAUGAAAGUUAGGUUGCCCAUUGUGAGCAUGGAGACCUGUCGGCAGUCAACUAAGAAGCUCAUUACGGACAACAUGUUUUGUGCAGGCUAUGAUGUGGAAGGGCAGGACGCUUGCAAAGGAGAUAGUGGUGGACCUUUUGCUGUAUCUUAUCAUAAUACUUGGUAUCUCUUGGGGAUUGUCAGCUGGGGAGAAGGUUGUGCUGAAGUCGGAAAAUAUGGCGCUUAUACUCUAGUACCCAAUUAUAUUUCAUGGAUAAAGGAAGUAAUCGAAACUAAUUCUGGAAGUUUUUUUGCAUAGCCUGCACUGAAAACCAAUCUGUAUAAAAUAUAUAUUUUUGUGCAUUUGGUAGUAUUUAACAACUUGAUUAGUAAGAUCACAUUGCAGAUUUGUUUCCUAUAGCUGCUCUUAACUGAAGUAAGCAAUUAAGUUGCCAUUUUCUUUGUACAGAAACAGAAUUGUUCUAUAAAUCUGUAUCAGUAUCCAAUUCAGAUUUAAGCAUAAGCAACUGGAUAGGUAGAAAUACUGCUUCAGCGCCCCCUUCUCAAAGUGAUUUUUCAACCCUUGCAAAGGGCUUCAGAGAUAGUCAAAAAUAGCCUCACAGUGUCCUGCCACAAGCUGUGUCUUUCAUAUGUUUGAACAAUGUAUGGGUUAAAAAAAGGUGGGGCUUGCAGGGUGAUUCUACAACUCUGCUUUCAUCAUUCUGAUCCUCCCUUGAAAUAUUUCCCCCUCCUCCCCCUCCACAAAGGCAUGGGGUUGUGUGAUCCUGCAGAGUGCAGUAGGCUAUGGUGGAAAAGGAAGAGCCAAACAUUCAAUUUGUGCUCAUACGAACAUGCAUAAUUUGAUGACUGAUCAGACUGACAAAAUCAUUGUCAUGGAUUCACAAAAUAUGUUUCAACUAUAAAUAGCCAAAGAUAAGAAACUUGCAGCUGCACAACUUGCCAUGUUUAGUUACUGUUACUCUUGAAUAACUUUUUGUGUUGACCAAAAAAAAAAAAAAAAACCCACAAAAGCAUACAACUGCAGAUUUUUAAUUAACCUGGUUAGUUGUCUCUCAUUAUUUUCAGAAUGUUGAAUACAAGAGCUGCUUCUGUCAAUCCAUUCCCUUCAUCUAAAUAAUGAUCUAAGUCAAUCAUUGCAACAGUCCAAGGAGUAAAAAGGGAUAUAAAGCAACCAAUGAAAUUGAGUUAAACAACAAAACUUUUAAAAUAUACGAAUAUGGUAUGAUUGCUUUUGAAAGUAAGAAUUGCAGUGUUUAGGUAAGCACACUAUGCUAUUUGAGGUCUCCAUCUCCAUCCCGAUUGUGCUGGCAAUUUUAGUGCCCGAUCAUGAUCAUUCAGGAGUACAGAUUGGUGGACAGAUUUGUUUCUAGAAGAUGGAAAAUAAAUCUGUAAAUAUUCAGCAGUUUUUAAACACUUAUAUAUAGCCUUGGGCGGUCUCCUAAAGAUUAUACAAGGCAUAGACUUCAGAUUCCAAAUGGUGUAAUAUAAUGCAUCAGUUAUCUGAAACAGAGACAGUGCCUCCCAGUGCUUCCAACUAGGAACAUUUACAGCAGGAAUGCCGAAUCUCUUUAAACCUCUCCCAUAGAGGUCAAAUGUAAAUACAUAAGGGGUAUUCUCCCCACACAAAGCCCAAAGUUAUACUUCUCCACUUGUUCUCUGAUGAAUAGUAUUUAGAGACAUACUGAAUGUGGAGGGAGUCUCAGGCACAGAACUGAAUUAUACUUGAAUGAUGUGCUGUGACUUGCAUUCCAUAAAGUGGGUAGGGCCAAGUGAAAGAAAAGAUUAAACAAUUUGAUUUUAUUCCAUUGAUUAAAUUUGAAUAAAAUAUGCUUCACCUUAUUACUUUUGAACCAGUAUGCCUAAGGAUAUGCUUUUAUGCCUCAUAGUUGUAAGAAUGUCAGUACUGCAUUGUGCAGCUAGAGGUCAGAACAGUAGUGCCAACAGCAAACUACAAGGAUUGCCAGAAUGACAGGUGCUUGAUAACAUCACCAGCCCAAGCAGAUCAAGUGUAUGUAUCUGAGCUACAAGAACAAGCUCCUCUUCCAAUAUGGAAAACAGAUCUACAGAACAUCAUCUUUUAUAUGAUUUAAGCAAACAGUGAGGGGAAAGAUCUCAAGAAAGGAAUGCUUCACAUUCUUCAAGUCAUCUUCCCAAAUAUAGGUAGGAAAGAAAAAUAUACAACAUAUAUUUUAUUUCUUUUACUUUACCACUAAUAUCUAUGGUAGUUCUAAGCUCUUGUGUUUAAAUUCAUAUUCAUUCUUAAUAAACAGCAUAUUAUUUUCCUCUGUCCUCAUCAUUGUUCUUAUAAGUGGAUGCCUAAUUUUGAGUAUCAGCUCAGCAGAAUGCCAUUAGACAGCAAAAACAGAUUGAAGGAAUUUCAAUAAAUCCAUAUUCCUAUUGUGAUGCUAACCAUAUUAAUGACUCCAGAUGGUUCUGUUUUAAUAAUCGCCAUCAGGCAAUUGCAAAAGGCAGCUUUGUUUAGAACAGCUUACAUCCUGUGAUAAUACUUCUAACACCAUCAAUAUUAACAGCAGCCUAUCCCAGACUCCUGAGGACUUGAUAUAUGGAUAAAAUCCAAUCUGAACAUCUGGCUGACUCUAUAAUAUGAAGUAGAAUUUCAUUACUUCCAACUAUUGUUACUUAAUGCAUUCCUUCUUUGAUGAGCAUUAAAAUAAAUGACAAUACAUUUAUAGAAGAGAUGAAAGAGAUUAUAAGGCUUCAGAAGACUCUUAAACCCGAUGAUAUAAGCGUAUUAAAUGUUUAAUAUGUUUUCUUUCUCUUCUAAAAUGUGAUAUAUUUGUCCCAAAGUAAAAAUGGUAUUUUUAAAAAA